AUGCUGUCUCACGCCGACCUCCUGGACGCCCGACUCGGAAUGAAAGAUGCCGCCGAGCUGCUGGGACACCGGGAGGCGGUGAAGUGCCGGCUGGGCGUAGGGGGCUCUGACCCGGGAGGGCACCCGGGAGACAUGGCUCCCAACUCGGACACGGUGGAAGGGGCCACCCUCCUGCCCGGGGAGGACAUCACCACGGUGGGCUCCAACCCGGCCUCCUUGGCAGUCAGCGCCAAAGACCCCGACAAGCAGCAGGGGCAGCCGGGCGGGCAGAACCCCAAUCAAACGGGACAGCAGCAGGGGCAGCAGAAACAGAAACGGCACCGGACCCGCUUCACCCCGGCGCAGCUUAACGAGCUGGAAAGGAGCUUCGCCAAGACCCAUUACCCAGACAUCUUCAUGAGAGAGGAGCUGGCCCUGAGGAUCGGCCUCACUGAGUCCCGGGUCCAGGUCUGGUUCCAGAACCGGCGCGCCAAGUGGAAGAAGCGCAAGAAGACCACGAACGUGUUCCGGGCGCCGGGCACGCUGCUGCCCACGCCGGGCCUGCCGCAGUUCCCCUCGGCCGCCGCGGCCGCCGCCGCCGCCAUGGGCGACAGCCUGUGCUCCUUCCACGCCAACGACACGCGCUGGCCGCAGCCUCACAUGCGGGGCUGUUAGCAGUGCCGCUGCGCGCCGGCGCUGGCCCGCCAGCAGGCCAUUGGCGCAUCGCUGUCCCAGUCAGGCCUGGCCGGGCCGCCGCCCAACUCCAUGGGCCGGUCCAACAGCCUGGCGGGCUCCAACGGCGCCGGCCUGCACGCCACUCUACCAGCCGCCUUCCCCGGCAGUCCCGCCUCGCUGCCCGGCCCCAGCAACGUGACGGGCUCGCCGCAGCUCUGCAGCUCCCGACAGCAGGCGACGUGUGGCGCGGGAACCAGCAUCGCCUCCCCUGCCGCCAAAGCGCUGGAGCACACAGUCUCCAUGAGCUUCACCUAA